CCAGCCGCGGCGGCAGCGCGGCGCGGAGCGGAGCCGCCCGCGGAGGAUGAUGGCGCCGGCGACCGGCCCCGCGAUGGCGGGUCCGCUGGCCCUGCUGGACCCCACAGGGCAAUUUGCAAAAAGGAAGAAGACUUCACUUUGGUUCACAGUCUCUCUACUGGUGGUGUCCAUUUUCAUACUGACCAUAGGUCUGGCAGCUACAACAAGAACAGAAAAUGUUACUGUGGGAGGCUACUACCCAGGCAUCAUUCUUGGCUUUGGAUCUUUCCUAGGGAUUGUUGGCAUCCACCUGGUAGAGAACAGAAGACAAAUGUUAGUAGCCUCCAUCGUGUUUAUCAGCUUUGGCGUGGUAGCAGCAUUCUGUUGUGCAAUAGUUGAUGGAGUGUUUGCAGCACGGCAUAUAGAACCUAGACCUCUGUAUAACAGAAGAUGCCAGUUUUAUUCAAGUGGAGUAGGAUUCCUAUAUGAUGCCUACCAAACAGAGGUGACAUGUUACACCUUAAACACCAAGUGCCAGCUGAAAGUAAAGAGUAACACGUGCUAUUGCUGUGACCUGUACAACUGUGAGAACUCAGAGCAGUCCUCCAGCUACUAUGAAUUUCUUGGUGUGAGCAGCUGUCAGGAUGUGGUUCACCUGUAUAGGCUGCUGUGGUCCUCCACAGUCCUGAACAUCAUCGGGUUGUUUCUGGGGAUCAUCACAGCAGCCAUUCUUGGAGCAUUUAAAGACAUGGUACCUAUGUCCCAAAUUGCUUUCAGUGCUGCACCACCUCCUCAGAUCCUGUACAACCCUACCCAGCAGAUCCUGACGUAUGCUGGAUUUUGUCCUUCUGCAGCAACAAUUUCUACAUAUCCAUCCUACCCGUUGCCCCUUCAGCCUGCCAGCAAUUUUCCAGGAACAUCAUCUACUGACAUUUCUUUAUCAGAAGAUACUCAGCCUCCCUCUCAGUCCAGCUCCAGCUACGGUCUUCCCCCCAAUGCUCCGCCCCUCUAUGCACCGACUUACUUCUUGCCUGGAGAAAAGCCUCCACCAUAUGCACCAUAGGACCAAGUAUUUAUUUGAGGUAGUUUGCAGGUAUUGUUUUUAAGAAACCUUUGGAAGCCCUGUGCUGUGCAGGCACUAGACUUUCCAAGGAACCCACUACAGAGUGUGUUACAGACACUCUGCUUUUAGGCACAUCUCAUUAAGCAGAGCAGAAACCUGGAAAUGUCAGGGCAGGCUCAUUCCCAGUGGGGUGACAGGUCACCACCCAGUCUGCCUGAGGUCAAAUGCAGUACUGCUUUCUACUUACCAUGAGUUUUUUCCUUCUCCCUAUACUGCAGAAUGGUUUUCUUCCAGAGGAGAAUUGAAGAAAACACUCUGCAUACGUACUCUGCUUUCAUAAACCAAUAUAGAAGGGUUUUAGUCUGUGUUGUCUGAAUGAGUAUUCUGGAGCCCUACGAGCCAAUUGCUUUGGGUAGAAAGAGCCUAGGUGUUUGUUUGCUUGUGGUAUUUAUUUAAGAACCCUCUUUGGUGAAAGUGUUGUACCAAUAAAAAAAAGUGUGUCAAUUAUUUUCCAAUAAAAUUGA